AACCCCAUUUCUUUCUCAUUGUCUCUGCGUGCGCAAGUUUGGCAUCCUCCUCCUCCUUCUUCACUAAGAAAGCUGCCCCCGUCUCCCCCCCCCCCCCCCCCCCUACAUAUUUGCAGCCACCGAACUAAUUUACCGUCCUCAUCCUCCAACAUCCAUCUGCACUUCUUCUUCUUCUGCUUGAUUAAAUAGCUAGAGCCUAAAGAUCAGAGAGCGAUGGCGGCCGAUUGGGGACCCGUGGUGGUAGCAGUGGUGCUGUUCAUACUUCUGUCGCCGGGGCUGCUGUUCCAGCUGCCGGCGAGGGCGAGGGUGGUAGAGUUCGGGAACAUGUACACCAGCGGCAUCUCUAUCCUGGUUCAUGCAGUCCUCUACUUUUGCGUAUACACCAUUCUAAUCAUUGCCGUUGGGGUUCAUAUACGUGCGGACUGAACCCGCCUAGCUUCCUUGAUUUCCCUGUAUUCUCUUUUCUCUCUCGUUUUUUUCCUCAUGAUGGGCUGCUCCUUUCCCCAUUUAAGGGGCUCAAUUUGCUGUUAACUAUAAUUGUGUGCGCGUGGUUUGUUCUCAUUUAGAUUAAACAUAGUGAUGAACACAACAAUUUGUGGAGUCUGCGUA